AUUUCCUCGCACCGGCCAGCUGUUACCACCGCCCUCCCCUCCUCCCCUUCGCUCGUUCUUCUUUGCUGCCGGAUGCGUGACUCGAUCCCAACACAUCCCCCCCUGUGUCGUCAAAUCGUCUGAGAAUAACAUCGCGGACGCGCCCCGGGCGUCGUCGACCCUGACACCUUUUUGUACUUCCGUAAACCUCUCGCCUUUACGAUACUUCACCACCCCUUCUUCCAUAGCGGAAUAAGAUGGAGUCCCCUGCGGCGUACCCCGAAUCCCCUAUGGAGCAAGAUGACAACCCAUUUCCCUGUAAGGGUUGUGGAGAGAUCCUAGAAGAGGGAAAGGCGUUCGAGCUUGCGGGCAAUCGAUGGCAUAUCGAAUGUUUUUGCUGCAGUACCUGUGGCACUCUUCUCGACUCUGAUGCUCACCUCCUUCUCCUCGGCGACGGAUCAUUAAUAUGCAGCAAUUGUACAUAUAGCUGCAGUUCAUGUGGAAACAAAAUCGAAGACCUGGCCAUCUUGACCGGAGAGCAAGCAUUUUGCGCCCAGUGCUUCCGAUGCAGGAAUUGUAAACGGAAAAUUGAGAAUUUGCGCUAUGCGCGGACGUCGCAAGGUAUUUUUUGCAUGGACUGUCAUGAAUCGUUAAUGCAGCGACGCAGGAAGCGAAACCGCGCGGCUGCGCCUACGAAGAAGUCAGCGCCCGGCGUGAAACUCGAUAAAUCCCUGCCUUCGUUACCUCCAGAGGAAGCCGGCCACGCAGCAGGACUCGCCGACGACCUAGUAGCUGAUGCUUAUGCAGAACCAGUCACAGAUGGGACAUCACGGGGUGCAGCGCCUGUGCUGGACGCGGGAAGGAUGCAAGACUCUUCGAAUCCUCGUGCGGCUGCCGAUCAAGACAAUUUAAUCCUCCCUUCGAGCACCUACCGCAGUAACCGUCACUCCAUGAUACCCCGCGAACCGGAGACAGAUGGCGGAGAAUUCCUGAUUCCGGUCGCAUUUGAUCCUUCUGAAGAACAGCGGUCCCCUCAACAUUCUAAAUCCCCCGGGUCCCUGCACCGAUCUCCCAGAGAGGGAACUGAAUCGGUGCCUUCUGGUAGCACAUCACCGCAUAUCGCAUACCAAGAGAAGGGCCGGGAGCGCGCCGAUAUUGACCCGACUCGUUGGCGGCAAGAAGAGCCUAGCGGUUACUCUCGUCCAACAACCAGUGACGAAUCUAGGGCGCCGCCAGAGUUGCCGAGGCGUGCAAGGUCGGGCUCUACACAAUGUGCACGCUCCGGCUUGCCCCCAGGCCACAAGGAGAUGAGCACUUUCUCUAAUUCGAGCCCCGAGAGCACAAGGUCGUCAACCACCCCUCAGCGAGACGCAUCAACGGCGGAUAGCUCUGUAACCCAGCCCAUUCGGCCGUCACAUGAGCUUCGCCGUUUACACGAAACUAGUGGAUCCCUGGACUCCGCGCGGUCGUUCUUGUCUUCUGGUAGCAUGCAGCAUCUCCCUAAACGCGGAGAUUCAUUGGAGAGCAAGCUACACCUUUCCCGGAAGGAGGCCGGCAUGUCACCUCGUCCACAAUCGAUCGCCCCGGGUGAGCCGUCGCUUGACCGAAGGAAGGGCUCACCUAGACCGGGUGAAUCCCCCCGGUCCCCGCGCAGUGACGCCAACUUUGAGCAGUCAAAGCCAUUACGCCCGAAUUCUAUCAAUACCUUCCAUCAACCCGACUUGCAGCGCCAGGUGGACCGCGCGGAGUCGCCGUCGGCCUUGCGGUACAGUGGCGGGGGCGAAUUCAUGGAUGAAGAUAUGACACGACUGAUGGGGUCAGAUGACCCACAGAACAAUGAAUCUUUCUUGCGUCGUAUGUCAAACUCGGUGCGCCAUGGUCGCAGCUUCAGUGAUAAAGGCUCUCGCUUGUCCAAGGAUGCCAAGUGGCCCAAAUUGCCGGUCAACGGGAACGCCCCGUUCCAGGACCCUGGAAGUCCCACUGCCAUCUCCCCAGAGAGUGCUGGACCUGAGGAAGUGGCCUGGUUGCGAGCUGAGUUGCGUAAGGAGCGUCAGCGGGUCCUUGAGCGGGAUCAGAAGAUUGUCGAAAUGGAGGCUAUGUUGAACGCUACCGCGGACGUAAAGCUGGCUAACACGGAACUCAAUGAGAAGCGCUCCACUAUGGUCGUUCUAGAUGCUCGGAAGGAGAUCGUUAUGCGGGAACUGUCGGUGCUGACCGAUCAUCUGGAGGUUGAGAAGCGCGGCGGAAGCGGCGCUCUUGACGUCGGCAAACUCACAAAUCAGGUUUUGCGGGAGUUUGUUGAAUCUAUCCAGAAGCUGAAGGACUCCUUCGCGCCUCAGAUCGAGGAGUUGGUUCAGAAACGGAACGAGGCCGCCGAGGAACUUGCCAACUUCAACCGGAUGAAGGACAAGAGCUUCCAAGAGUUCGAGCAGCUGUCGUCGAAGAAUGCCCAACUGGCGGAAUUGAAUAACCAGCUGGUGCACCAGAUCCAAGAGCUUUAUAAAGCUAACUCGUUAGAGAGCAAUAGGGGUGCUAAUGGUCUCGGCAUCUAUUCGCACGGAAAGGAGAAAUCGCUAUCUUCCAUCGACGCACUCAAGGCCGGUAACGACCUGGCCACAUCGGUUUCGACGGCCAACAUGUCCGAAGAGGCGGAGCCAGCCACCAUUGUCCCGGGUCCCCAGGUAGUCAGUAUUCGCAAGGGACAGCCUCGCAAGUUCAAUUGGAAGAAGGGAGGCCAAAACGUCGCCAAGGGUGUCACCAAGGGCCUCAAUCGCGCUUUUGGUACGAGUGAGAGCGCCGCGGAACCCUCUCCUGGUUUGCCACGCUCCCAAACCCAGGACCCUAGCCGACAAGGAUUUGGAUUCUUUGGGAACCAACGGAACAAGCAGGCUGGAACAAGGAUGCCAACGACUGACAGUGUCCCCGCUUUAGCCGAAGCUGCCCCAACAGGGCUUUUUGGUACCGAUCUGGAGCAGCGGAUGGAGCAUGAAAAGAGCAUCAUUCCUGCCAUCAUCACUCGUUGUAUUCAGGAGGUUGAAUUACGAGGCAUGGAUAUGGAAGGAAUUUACCGCAAGUCGGGUGCCAGCUCCGCGAUUCAGACGAUCCGCGAUGGGUUCGAGCGACAACCACAGGACUAUGAUAUUUCGGACCCGGAUCUCGAUAUCCAUGCGGUGACAUCGGCACUUAAGCAAUAUUUCCGGAAGUUGCCCAAUCCGCUGAUCACAUUUGACGUUUACGAAAUUAUCAUCGAGACCGGCGAAAUCACUUCGCAGCCCGAGCGGAUUGAAACACUGCAGAAGUGCCUUUUGGAACUGCCCCGAGUUCACCGGGAUGUACUCGAAUUCCUCAUGUUCCACCUGAAGCGCGUAGUUGAGCGCGAGAAGGAGAACCUGAUGACCAGCCAGAACAUUGCUGUGGUCUUCGCCCCAACCAUCAUGAGGCCGCAGAGUUUGGCUCGUGAGAUGACAGAUGUGCAAAAGAAGAACGAGGUGUUGAAGUUCUUGGUGGAAAAUUGUCAAGAGGUGUUCAUGGGUCUGCAGUGAUAGAAUAUCUGCCCUUACAAGUCCGUCUCAAGCCUGGUCUGGCAUCAGGCUUUUAGGCUUUGGUUUUUUGCUUUCUUUUCUCCUAUUUUUGGACAAUUUCCUUUUCUCUUCUAUCAUUA